UCGAUCGCGGGCGAGCGUCUCCGUCUCCAACCUGAGUCCUCCAGCAUCCCGGCUUCCACCGCGUUCUCCUGGAGAGAAGGACGAGGAGCGAGGAGACAGUUGCCGCUGAAGCUGAAGGGGGCGGCUUUGAAAAAGAACAACACACUCACACACAGACUUAGGGAGGGAAAGCGAGACGAAGUCGGGAUAAAAGGAACGAGCCGGCAACCAUGCAUUGGGGGACGGAGCUCUGGGAUCAAUUUGACAAUAUAGAGAAGCACACUCAGUGGGGUAUCGACUUCUUGGAAAGAUAUACAAAAUUUGUGAAAGAGAGAUUAGACAUAGAACAGAGCUAUGCAAAACAGUUGAGGAACCUUGUUAAGAAAUAUGGUCCCAAACGUUCAAGUAAAGAUGAAGAACCCAGAUUUACCUACUGUCAAUCCUUCUUUCAAGUUCUUAAUGAACUCAAUGACUAUGCAGGCCAACGUGAAGUUGUUGCAGAAGAGAUAGGCCAUAGAGUCUAUGGGGAGCUCAUGAGAUAUUCUCAUGAACUAAAAAUGGAAAGGAAAGCUCACCUACAAGAAGGACGUAAAGCCCAGCAGUACCUUGACACAUGCUGGAAACAGAUGGAUAAUAGUAAAAAGAAGUUUGAGAGAGAAUGCAAAGAGACUGAGAAGGCGCAGCUGUGUUACGAGAAAUUAGACUCCGACCAUAAUGCAACAAAAGCAGAUGUUGAAAAGGCAAAACAGCAAUUAAAUCUUCGAACCCACAUGGCCGAUGAAUGCAAAAAUGAAUAUGCUGCACAACUGCAGAACUUCAAUAGUGAACAACAAAAGCAUUUCCAGUUCAUCAUGCCUCAGAUUUUUAAGAAUCUGCAAGACAUGGAUGAGCGAAGAAUUGUCAAAUUAAGUGAGUGUUACAGAGGAUUUGCAGAAGCUGAGCGUAGAGUUGUUCCAAUUAUCAAUAAAUGUUUAGAGGGAAUGAUCAGCGCUGCAAAGUCUGUGGAUGAUCGCAAAGACUCUCUGAUAGUAGUGGAAUCCUUUAAAUCAGGUUUUGAACCUCCUGGAGACUUUCCAUUUGAAGACUUCAGCCAGAAUAUUUAUAGGACAGUGUCUGAUGGCAGUCUGAGUGCGCAAAGACAAGAGAUGAGGGGGGACCAGAAGUACACAAUAGGAAAAAGCAAAGGAAAACUUUGGCCUUUUGGCAAGAAAAGCAAGCUGCUAUUCCCUCCCCUCUCCCCCACCACUUCUUGCUCAUCCUUUGAUCCAUAUGGGCUUCAGACUCCCAGGUUUUCCAGGGAUCCACUGUCUUACUGUAUGAAUGAAUUAAAGACAGUGAAACCCAGAAUUCCUUCUUUCAAGAAUUUCAAAAGAGGGCUUUCAAUAAAGCUGGGAACUGUGUCAGAAGACUUUAGUCAUCUGCCACCAGAACAGAGGCGCAAGAAACUGCAACAAAGGAUUGAUGAACUUAACAAGGAAUUGCAGAAAGAAAUGGAUCAAAGAGAUGCCUUAAACAAAAUGAAAGAUGUUUAUGAACGAAAUCCUCAGAUGGGUGAUUCUGGAAGCUUGCACCCAAAGAUUUCAGAGACCAUGUGUAACAUUGACAAACUCCGUCAUGAGAUUCAAAAGCAUGAGAUGUGGCUCUUUGAGGUUGAAAACAGAACAUGUCCAAGAGGAGAUAGACGAUUAAGUGGUGGCACUGCAUUUGAACGACCUGCUGAAAUUAACCAUCAUGGAACACCUGGCAGGGAAAGCCCUGAAGGGAGCUACACAGAUGAUCCAAAUCAAGAGCUGAGAGGAAACCAGAGAUAUCCAGACCCUCAGCGUGCACCUGAAUUUGAUGAUGAAUUUGAAGAUGAUGAGCCUCUUCCUGCAGUUGGUCACUGCAAAGCUCUGUAUCCAUUUGAUGGACAAAAUGAAGGGACAUUAGCAAUGCGAGAAGGAGAGGUUUUGUAUGUUAUUGAAGAAGAUAAAGGAGAUGGCUGGACAAGAACACGCAAACAGAAUGGACAAGAAGGCUAUGUGCCAACAUCAUAUGUAGAUAUUACUCUAGAGAAAAACAGUAAAGGUGCAGUGACCUAUAUAUAAAUAUAAGAUGCUGAAAUCCAGUUAUGCAGAUGUGGGAAAUGUAUUAAUUUAAAUGGCUAAAGGAAUAAUAGAAGAACAUUGAGUCGAAUUCUUAAAAUAUGUUCCUAUGCAUAAUUCUUUGUUCACUAUGUGAGCUGAACUUUUAAAUUGUGAUUUUAUUCUUAAAGUUAUCCUUAGUGCAGAAAUGCAAACCCUGAAUUAUUCCACGUCAUAGUAUUUGGAAACUCUCUAGUAUUAUAUAAAAAAAAGCAUUAAUCCUUCCCAAUAUUCCUGAUGCCUUAACUUUUGUGUAUGUGUAAAUAUUAUAAAUAUAUAGGUGAGGGUUCUUGGUGUUUUAUAUUUUUUAAUCCAUCAUUGAAACAAUGGUUUUCAGACUUUUUAUUGGAACAUAAUUUUUUUAGCUCUCAAAAUAGUAAUCUAGAUAAAAACCAAUAGUCCAUUUCUUUAGUUAUAACCAUUUAAACCAAAAAAAUUGUGAUUCAUAAUAAAUAACUUUGAAUACUGGUGGUGGGAGUGCACAUGAAAGUGUUUCUUACAUUCAUGUUUCAUUUUCAAAACUGAAAAGCUGCAUUUUGCCUAAUAAAUGCUUUGUUAUUAAUUGAGUAUUUUGCCAAUUAUCAAGAUGAAAAUCUGACUUUAACUAAUUUAGCUAAACAUCAUUCAAAACCUGUGUGCAAGUGUGAUAAUUUUGAUGUUGCAUAGUUAAUGAGUUCUAACUUGUAAAGUUUCUCCUUGUACCUUUAUUUCUUUUGUUUGUUCCAGCUGAAUUUAGUAAUGGUGCUUUCUUUCUUUUCCCCUCUGGACUGCAGGUUCCUGAAUUGGUGUGUGGGUUCUUGAAACAUUGGGCGAGGCAUUGAAGGAGGUUGCAUGCAGCUUUUGUUGGGUGGGGAAAGGCACUGGUUGAAAGAUUUGAGGCUGGUAGAUGAGGAGGGAGGAGGAAACUGCAUGUUUGAUAUUUAUUUUGCUACUAACACAAUUAACACAAUUCUAACUAUGAUUCACAUGGUACCUGGUGAAUCAACAGUACAGUAUUCUAUAGGUCUUAAUCAAUGCCAAAGGUUUAUCUGACCCAGGUGAAGUGCAUUCAAGAUGACUUUACCAUCAGAUAGGUUAAUUAGAAAUUAUAGUGCUGUCUGCCUGUGCCAUCCUACAUGCUCGCCCUAACAUGCUAUUGCAUGCUUUUGUAAAUCAUGCUAAAUAUUCACUUCAGAAAUGUCUAGACUGUACUGUGGUUGGCCUGUUUUGUUGUUGUGCAAUCCCCACGUUGUCAAGCUUAAUUUCUUCUCCAGUGUUUCACAUUUGUAGUUCCAUUCCAUUUUACAUUUGUGCUGCUACCAGAACUGCAUGGUGAUAGUGUUGUGUUGACUACCAGUGUUGAGGAGGUCGGACAAACCUGUAGGUGCAACUUUUCAUUGUCUGUGUAUAGGUUAUGAAUUCUCCUCCCUCCUUGCUUUUGGCCCACAUAUUUUCUUGUGUAUUGGAUUGAAUAUUGAAGACUGAGUCAAUGGAAACACACCUGAAAAACAGCAUAGCUUCAGGAAAAUAAGAAUGACUCAUUGUGAAGAGACUCAACUGGGCACAAACUUUGAGAGCUGUGUAUCAUGAACUCUGAGAAGACACACCAAUCAUUUAUCACUAUCUCACUGUAUAGCUGCUGCCUUAAAUCAACUGUUUUAACAAGAGUGCCUAAAUCUGCUGACUGCCAUUGUUUCCAGUAGUCUUCUUUGAAGCUUACAUUUGUGCAGACUCAUGGCAGCUCAUCAAUUUUGAUUGACUUGUGUAUUCUCUUGGUACUGCAGCUGCUGAUGUAGUCAUGUCUAGUAUAUAAAAAAGGUACCAGAGGAAUUGUGCUACUAAAAUUUUUGUCGAUAUUUAUAUUGUUUUUAAUACUAAAGGUUUGUAUUUGUUAACCAGAUUUAUUUGAAAUGAAUGUUUUUCAAUUAGAAUUUUGUAAUUUUUUAAAUUCUGGUUGAAUCUUAUGAAUAACAAGUUCAUAGCUGAAUAGCUGUGCAGGUCCUCUAAUUUGGUGUCGUAACCAUCAAAAUGUGUGAAUAUAUUGACUCUUGUGGAUAUUGUAUGUAUGUAACCAAAACCAUGUGCACUUUUAUCCAGUUGAGCAGUAACGCAAGUGCAGAUGUUCUUUUUUUUUCUCCUAGAAUAUGUAAAGCUGCAUGCGAUGCAAAGUUUGUUCUUGUGAUGAAGUCCAAACUGUAGUUUUCUUUCAGUGCUGUAAUAAAUAUAUAAUCUUUAAUCAAUUUCAAGGCCACUGACCUUAGAAUCACCCAUCAGAAAUAUUCUUUAAAUUCAAAAAUUUUUGAUUGCUGGACCACUUGAAACUUUAUAAUUGGCAGAAGAUGCAUCUUCUCAGCAGUACCUUGAAAUGAUCUAAGAUAUUUUAUGACUCCAAGUUGUAUACUGCAGAGGGGACCAUUAGUACUUAUUUGAAAAUUUGAAAUUUUAAGUAAAACAGAGCAAAGGUGUGGUCGAUUAGGUGAAUAAGAUUUGGUGCUUUGACUCAAAUCUGUUUGCUACUAUUAUCAGGUUCAAUUACCUGCUUAGAAAUUACAAAUGUGAAACUAUCUUCUGUCUAUAUCCAUUGUAUUAAUUACUGGAAACAAUAUAUUUACAUUUACUCCCUCGUAUAACAUUUUACAAUGUUUCCAGACCAAAUUGCACAUGCCAACAACAAUAAAACAUUGCCUGACUAUCUGCCAUUUACAGUGAUCAACGUGAGCCCCGCUGACACUGAUAAAUAUGUGGAAGCCUUCAGUUGCAAUAAAAGUAAGGCAUUUUCUGUUAAACAAUUCUUAAUUCUGUUCCACUGUGAAUUUCUGGUGAGUGAAUAUAAUUUCUGGCAGGCUAAUUGCAGAGUUAACAAACAUACACUCAUUAUUUUUAAAUGUUCAGAAGAACUUGGAUUAAAUGAUUUUUCUAAAAACAACUUUUAAAAGGAUUUUGAAGUUUCCCUGCUUCUUUGUAUUCAAGUAUGUGUAUUUUUAAGUGUUAGUUCACUAUAAAUUUGCAACAUGGUGGCACAUAAUCUUUUCAUUGUGCAUUUCUGAAGUAAACCACUAUUAAAAUAUUGGCAAUGGUAUGUUGAGUACUCUUCCAAAUAGACACUAAGUAGAUUUGAGUUGUCUUAAUUUUUACAGCAAUUUAACUGUGAAAGUUGUAGAAUGUAAUAGAAAAGCUACUUUUUCCAUAGCUGUAUAUCUGAAGUUAGGUAAGUGAAACAGACGGUUAUCCAAUUUGUAAUGUUGUAACGCUUUUGCUUUGUAUGUAAUUUUAGGUAUGCUACUUUUUGUGAGGAAAUCAACAAAUAUAAAUAAAGAGGCAACAGUUUGAAGAAGAGUUCUUCUCUUGCACAUUACAAAAUUUUUCAUAUGUAUACAGUGUGAGGGGAUCUGGUUAAAACUGUAACUGACAACGUGUCAGACAAAGUAGAAUGUAGGGCGAAAAGCAGCCAAGGUUUUGAAUUAAUGAUCUUUAUGCACAUGUUGAUUUUAAAAACAUUGUUGAUAUACUGUUUAAAAUACUUUGUUGAGAACUGUUGAAAUAAAUUAAUGUAUUCCA